CAUUGUUGACGGAGGGAGUAGUUCCACGGAAAGAAAAAAGAGGGAGUAGUUGCCAGGAAAAACAUUUAUCAGUGGACAAUUAUCUUGUGGAGGGGUGCCAGCAAUGAACGCUUUCCCCCUUCUCUCGCGGAUUUGUUUCUUGAAUCAAUCUCUCGCCUCUGAAACCCAUGGCGAGUGUGAGCUCCGGUGCAGCGCGGCGAGGGAGCAUUGGAUUCAGCAGUUGAAGCAUUCCAGCAAUGAUCCACUCUUUCUUCUCCAUCUCAUUCCUUCCUCUCCCCCCUUGCCGCCUCCACUCGCCGGCCCUGGCUCUCCCUUCAAGCAGAUCUGGUCUGGGGGAGCCUAGCCGCCGCUGCCCACACUCCCCUCCGAUGCCUCCCUCGGCCCUUCCCUGCCCGUCGCUGCCGAGAGGACGCCGCGACGGCGAGCCUGCUGUGCGCGCCUCUUGCUGGCCGCGGCCGUCCGUGCCGUGCUCCCUCCAUCCCCGUGGGCGUGCCUCCCUCAUUGGCAUGAGAGAAGGGCAGAGAGAAAGGAAAUGUGGCAGUCAGCAGUUGCAAGCUGGGUAUGCUGAUUCCGGCUUCAUUACAAUCCACCAGUAACACCGUGUGAGGCCCCUGGGGUGGAUCGUGCUGUCCGCAAUUGCACGAUGGAUCUCUCUGCCUUAAUUAUUUCUGAUGAAACUGCGCCGUGGAAUCGCCGCAUCCGGUUACCUUGGCCUGGGGAUGAUACAGCAUCGGUGUCAAGAUUGGGCUGUCAAAAAAGAUGGAGGUACUAGUAUAUAUACUCGUAGUAGUAUCUUCCUUUCUUUUCCUUGGAGUAUAUGCAAUGCCUGAAUGGCAGAUUCUGAUCUGAAGGAAAAAAAGAAAAAAUUCACCAAAGUGGAUACAUUGCCUGCAACUGCAAGCAAGGAACCAUGCCGUGCUUUGGCAAAAGGAAAGCAACAGCAAGAUGCCAAAAGCAGCUCGUAGCAUUACCAUUACACCACCCAUCUCCUGCUAUGUCUCUUGCAGUUCAUCCCGUUGCAGAGCUCUAACACAAAAUGACAAAGUGAAAUUUUGUUUUGUUUCAAGCAAGAUGAUGGAGUGAUCAGAGAUACCUUUGCCUUGGACUGGGUUUCUUGGAGACAACUCUUCUUUUCCUCUGCAAGUGUGAUUCGCCCCUCCUCGACUUGACUCGCCCGUGGCUCUCCAGAGAUUCUGCUCUAAAGAGAAAAGAGAAGUUCACCAGUGGACCAGCGGCGAUCGACACUACCCGCAAGUGCAAGCAAGGAACCAUAGAUGCAUGCUUUGGCAAAAGGAAAGCAAUAACAAGAUGCCAAAAGCACAUACCGUUACCAUUACACCACCGAUCUCUCUGAAGCAUACACGUCUGCUCUACCUUGCGGCGCGCGUUCUGUUCCUGAGCUCUACCAACAAAGCUUGUGCCAUUGACAAAAGCGAAAUUUUCUCUUGUUUUAAACAAAGAUGACCGAGUGAUCAGAUAUAUCCUUGACCAGGACUGGAUUUCUUGGGGACAAAUUUUCUAUUCUCUGCAAGUGUUCUUCGCUCCUCCCCGGCUUGAUUCGCCCUUGGCGCUUCUAGAGGGAGUGGAGAAAUCUGCGCCCCAUGGGUUAGAUAUAUGUUUAUCCCGGUCUUCUGCUGGUAUUAGUUUUCUGUCAAGAAGUUCAAUGUAUGUGAAGGAUUUUGAUGACGCCGUCAGACAAGUGGUUGAUCUUUUGUAUGAAAGCGAUGGUACUGCAGAAGGCAAAAUUAAAACAUUCUUGCUUCGUGGUUGGUUCGACGGGAGUGCUCGUCGGGUAUUGGGAGGAUGUGCUGUUCUUAGAGCUAUAGCGAAGCUUCUAAGAUCCACAACAUGUGAUGAUUCUGACAUGAGAAAGCACUUUGACAGAAUUAUCCAUGUGGACUGCUCCCUGUGGAAAAGCAGCAGGACCAUGCAGAGGACAAUAGCGGAGGAGUUGAACCUUCGCCAUGUAAUGCACAUAUUUGAUAAGGAGGAUGAAGAUGAUGAUUUCAGAGGAGUAGAAAACAGCUCUAGAAAAGUGAUACCAAGGAUCGCAAGUUUGAUUAAUAAGUCUCUAAGAGAUGAAAGAUUUCUGAUGAUUUUUCAUAAUGGAGGAAGUGAAGAUAUUGAUCUCGUAGAGUCUGGCAUUCCUCUUUACGGUGAAGGUAAAUUGUUAUGUACCUAUGGUGGAAGAUUUUUGGAGGACAAGUGGAAAGAAUUCAAGUUGUUGCACACUUAUGAUAUUUAUAUUUAUCCGGCGGCAUAUUAUUAUACAAAUAUUGCACCUCAUAUUGAAAAUGUAUUGCACAAAGAAGCUGCUGGAGUGAUUGGUGACACCGGUAUGGAUGGCAUCAACACAGAAACAGUUUUGGAUUGCUUCUUGUACUCAUUAUUCCUAACAACACGACUACCUGAAAACUUUACUGGUGUUGACUAUGGUUGGGCGACUCAUGCUUGUAACUACUGGAUAUGUGAUGGAAUCCUUGGUGAGGACAAAACAUGGGAUAUUGGCAAUACAUUGUAUCAUGUGAUACCAAUAUUGGGCAAUUCUACUUACGAAACAAGACGUUUGGCAUCCUAUUUGGAUGGACAGAAAAAACCCUAUGUGGGCUGGUAUUCAGUCACCUCCAACAAACUAAGGGCAGAAGAUAUCUCUAAUGUUCCUGGCAGUGCAUCAUCAUAUUUCUUAACAUUUCAGGGAGAUGAUCCAGCAUAUGUACGUAAUGAUUUGUUUCAACUAGCCAGCAACAACCUCCGUGUGCUAAAGCUCUACAACUGCAGCUUCACUUUUGCAUCUCCUCCUUUUCAGUGCUGCCACAACCUAAGAUUCCUUUGGCUUGACCAUUGUGCAAACACUGGGAAGAAGCAAAGUGGAGGGCCAAGUUUUCUGAACCUGCUGGUGCUUGACAUACGUUUCACAGAUUAUGUUUUCUUGCCUCAGAUGAUUGAACUGAUGACCAAUCUCAGGGAGCUAAAUACAAAGGGGGUUUCAUGGAAGACUGCAAGUCAUGCAUGGAAAAAGCUACAGAAGCUUCAGAAGCUCCGAUUAACAGAAUCUUCAGAUGUGGUCACGGUGGACAGCUGCUCUUCCGUAGAUAUGAUGAACCUGGAGCUCCUUGACUUGUCAGGAAACACUCACCUGGAAUCAUUGCCAACAUUAUCAUCCACAAGAAGCCUGAAGAUGCUUAUUCUUGAUGGUUGUUCCAGCUUGGAGCAAGUUGCCCUGCAAGGAGCUCCUCCACUGCUUGAAAGUUUUAGCUUCGAUGGUUAUGGCCCAGCAGAGAAUUGGACACAUUCCAUACACCUGCCACAAAAGGAAUUGCGCCGCAAGUCUCCUUUAGCUCCUGUUCAAAUAGUCAAGGUGACAAAGAUCUCCCUACAUGGUUGUGGUCGAUUGCAUAACAUAUACCUGCAUGCACUACCGAAUCUGGAGGAACUGGACCUCUCUGGUGCAGCUAUUAAAAUAAUUGACCUCCAUGCAAUGUAUGUCCCGAAACUCAAGAAGCUAUUCCUACUGGGCUGUGAGCAGCUCCGUAGCCUAAUCUGGAAAGGAUCACCUAGACUGGAAGUUCUACAUGUGGAUACUCAAGGGACGAAAAGAUCAGUGGUCUGCUGUGGAGAACAGGGAUCCUUUGGCUUUCAGGCACAUAUUGUUUUUACGGAUGGAAGGUUCAUUUGGUCAUCCUCAGAUGGGCUCAAUAGCCGAUCACAAAUUGCUGUCUCCAAGGUGUACCUCCUUAUCUCUUGUACGAGCAGUAGCCAAACCAACAUCACCAAAAGUAUCAAGGAGAUUGGAUCUAGCCGACAGGGUUUGGUUCCAACAAGGCCGCUAUUACCGUAUAAUGAUAUUGCCAUGGCUAAGGAUGUUACAUGCUCGCUCUUGGUGUGGAACUGUCAACAGCUCCAAACUUUGAACGUGCAUAUCGAGAUUGGUAAAGGAAGCUAUAAUUUAGAGAGUAUGCAAGAUGAAGGGAAUUUCAGAAGUUUCGCAGCUUUUGUCGUUGAAUCAUUGCAUGUGCAUGACAAUUGCUCCAUCACUGCUAUCCCCCCAUCGAACUGGGAGAGACUAAAAUGGUGUCAUGUUGAGAGUUGCCCCAAGCUACACUCUGUGUUUUCACGUCGGAAUGGAACAUACAGCUUUUGGUGUAUAAACACAUUUUCAGCUUCUGAUCUCCUGGUGGCCUAUUGCAUCUGGGGAAGUGUCGAGAAAACUUGGAAUGACCUUUACUACACACUCCGGAGUCUCCAACAACUGCAGCACAUAUACCUGUACAAUUGCCCAAGGCUGGUGUUCGUUCUCCCCAUUUCCUUCACCUUGCCCAACUUGGAGACCCUCCAGAUUGCAUACUGCAGUAAUCUUCGACAUGUUUUCCCAUGGGACCACGAGUACACUGAGGAAAUAGCAUCUGGUUUCACAUUCGACAACCUGAAGCACAUCAAGCUACACCAUCUUCACAAGCUGGAGCAGAUAUGUGUGGUCAAAUUGACUGCACCUGCGUUGCAGUCAGUCGGCAUCAGGGACUGCUGGGGUCUCAGGCGUCUCCCGGCUGUAACACGUCAAGGUCCUAAGCCGGUGGUGGACUGCGAGAAGGACUUGUGGGACAAGCUCAAAUGGGAUGGCUUGAGGGCUGGGCAUCACCCAUCGCUGUUCGAAACGCGCCACUCAGCCUACUACAAGAAGACCCUCCCGAGGGGCUCCUACCUAAGGUAAUCUGUUGUUGCUCUGCUCUACGGCACAGGGAAAUUGGCCUAUGUGAAGCAUCAGUCUGUUGCUGUUACAAGUCAUCGCCUCACGUCUCCGAGGUGUUUCUCCAGCCGUAUGUGUGUUUGCAAAUUAAGUGUGUUCGUGCUGCUGCCGCUUGCACGGUGAAUAAAGUGUGUGUUUCCUUUCUCACUGAGCUGCCUUGAUCUUGGUAUGCUGGGUUGGAUUGGUGUGUUUCCUUUCCACCAAGCUGCCUUGAUCUUGUUAUGCUUGAUUGGAUUGACGUGUUGUGCUGCUACUUCGACUUCGAGUGCUGGCUUUCCACAGCUUGGUGCGCUGUUCACAACCCUGCUACUUUGUGUUGGUUUGCUAUCUGUUUGUAAUAAGAGGAUGUGCGUGCAUCGGUGCGCGUCAACCUAGUGUGGUGUGUGACUGGUGAACCUUAAAUUCAGCUUGGUUUGAUGUAUGUUUGUUUGACGAAACUAUAUGUCGUAUCAUUGUGAUGAGCUGUGUGA